ACCUCACACGUGCGGGAAACGUUCGGACUUGCUGCAUGUAACAUCGCUCUGAGAGUUCGUAUCGCUACAAAUUACAACUUUAAAAACACAACUCGCGUCUCGUUGCCCUUUCAAACUCAGGAGAAACAAAUAGUCCUCCGUGAAGCAUUUCGCCGAGAGGGCCGGAAUACCAGAAAAACAACUUAAAAUGACUGAAGCUCAAGUGAACCCAAAGGCCUACCCACUGGCCGACGCCACGCUGACCAAAACCAUCCUAGACCUGGUGCAGCAAGCCUCCAACUACAAGCAGCUGAGGAAGGGAGCCAACGAGGCCACUAAAACCCUGAACAGAGGCAUCGCUGAGUUCAUCGUGAUGGCUGCUGAUGCUGAACCACUGGAGAUCAUCCUCCACCUGCCGCUGCUCUGCGAGGACAAGAACGUCCCCUACGUGUUUGUCCGCUCCAAGCAGGCCCUGGGCCGGGCCUGUGGGGUGUCGCGCCCCGUCAUUGCUACCUCGGUCACCAUAAAGGAGGGGUCUCAGCUGAAGCCACAGAUUCAGUCUGUUCAGAUGGCUAUUGAGAGACUGCUUGUGUAAGUUCUGUUGCACUGUUGUCUCCUGAAGGAAGGGGAAGAUGAAUUCCAGUUCCAAAUUAUCCUGUUUUCUGUUUGAUAUAAAACAGUUGUUUUGUUUUUUAGGACAUUGUGUCCACAUUAGUGUAUCGGUUUGCAUUGGCAUCCCCUGAUUCAUAAUAAAAAAUCAUUUUUUAUUUAAA